UUUUCAGAAUAUGUUAAGAAAUGAAAGUUUGAAUUCGGUCAUUUUAUAAAAUGAAAUUGAAACUAGUGCUAAGUGUUUCUAAAAUAUAGUUGACGAAAUUAUGCGCAAGGCAAAUAAACCAAGUAUAAGUAGUUCUCGCCUCACUAAAUUAAAACCUUGGAUCACUCCUACGUUUGCUAACCAGUCUUCAGUCUGGUAAUAUCGAUGAGCAAGGUAUAUCGAAUCCUAACGUGUAGAUAUACAAGUAUCGAUAUGAAUCGAGCAUACAAACAAUCACAAACAUACCACGACAGUAUCGUUGCAGUAACCACGAUGACAACGGGUUUUGUUGUAGAGUGAGUGAGAGAUGGUCGAGGGGUUAUAAUUAUAUGAGUACAGUAUUGGGAACUAUUUGGCUGUUGUAUGCAUAUAGUAGAUCUUGGGAUAAACAAGAUCAAUAUAUUUUAAAGCGGUUUAAAUGUUAAUGUGAAAAACUAUCUGAUCUUAAAAUGCCCAAAUCAAGAAAAGUCCUUGAUAUCUCUAUACCAGUUCCUUGGGGUGUGAUUGCAGGCAAGACCUUUGGAGAGAAGAAAGACACUCCUGUAUUGUGUGUCCAUGGUCGAAACGAUAAUCUGGAAACAUUCUCUCAACUUCUUCCUCUACUAUCUGACAGCCACUAUUAUGUUUGCAUCGAUCUUCCAGGCCAUGGAAAGUCAACUCAUGCUGAUAAGGGGUAUAUCCUGGAUCUUAUUUGGUACACCAUGACAGUGAAAAGAAUAGUAGACUAUUUCAAUUGGAGUAAAUUAUACUACAUGGGCCAUAGUCUAGGAGGGCAAAUCGGUUUUCUAUUGUCAGCUCUUUAUCCUGAACUGGUUAUGAAGCUAGUAGUGAUUGAUUCGUUCAUUUACACCCAUGUACCUACAGCAGAAUUUGCAAGAGCUGUAAGAGAUAACUUGUUUGAAUCCACUUUGAAACUGGAGAAGAGAUCUGGUUUGGAUGAAGCACCAACAUAUUCAUUCAAUGAGUUUUUACAAAAGAUGAUUCAAACAAGGAUGACAGAAGUAAGUCAGAACCAGAUUAGAACGAUGGCAGAACGUAACUUAAUAAGGAUAGGACCAGAUCAAUUUAAGUUUGGUAAUGACCAGAGAAACAAAGUUGUAAAAAUUCACUUUACUUCUGAACAGUUGGAGAGUGUAGCAAAAGUGAUACGCUGCCCUACAUUAGAGAUCCUUGGAAAGAAUUCAGCUGUUACCCAGCCUCUGAAAAACAAAUCACCCUUGCGGAAGAAUAUUAAUGUGCGUGUGCAUGUUAUAGAUGGUGACCAUGACAUCCAUAUAGCUCGAGCUGAACUAGUCGCAAGACUCAUAGUUCCUUUCUUGUCUGAUAAAGUGAUGAGUAAACUAUAGUUAUAUAUUGUGUCUAUAACUUAUUCAAUUUUAAUUUGCAAAUGUGCAAUAAAUCACAAUCUAGAUACUUGACAAAUGAUCAUUAAUUUGGGAAAUGGUGUGUGGGUUGUACUUUGAAUGCAUAAAGUUUAUAGUCUUAGUUAAUAUUUUAGAUUAAAAUGUAGAAAAUAAUAAUAAUAAUGAUGAAAUUUUGUAAUUUUAUAAUGUAAUAAUUUUAAAAACAUAUAUUUGCAUAAAUAUGCCUGUUAAACAACAUUGUGUAUAUAUCAUUUUAUAAAAUCAUAGAAAACUAUUUCUUGAAACAUAAUAUUUAGUUGAAGUUUCAGCUUGAUCCUAAGAUUAAGCAAAGAUGUGUGAUAUACAGAAUAUACUAUAAUUACCAUUAUAGUAUUAUUAUGUGUUACAAAGAAAACCUUAAUGGUGCUGGUUUCAAUGUUAUUCACCUAAAAAGCAGGUUUUUCAUCUAAUUUAAGGAUGACCACUAAACAGUGAGUUCUCAUGUCAUACAUUUAAAAAUGUUAUUUUUGCAUGUGUGGAACCUUAUGUUUUCACAUACGUUUGCAAAAGUUAUUAUUUACAGUGUUGUAAACAGCCUUAAUUUUAUGAUUUCUUCAAAUAUAAAUGCAAAAUAUGCUUAAAAAGUAACAGGAAUUUUCGUUAAAAACAAAAAAUAGAUUUGUUUGUUUAUGAGGUGUUUUUUAAAAGUAAGAACUGUUUGGAAAUAAAAAAGGUAAUUAUUUUUCAAAAAUAAUUUGUUCACUUGGAAGACCAUACUUUACUCAACUUUUCACAUAAUUCCCAUUAAUAUUAAGGCACUUAUCAUAUUGUAGGACCAGCUUUUGUACUCCAUUGUCAAAGAAGGUUGUCUGAUUAGGCAAUGCACCACACUCACGUACUGCAUUGUAUCAUGAUCUUUUAUUGAUUUCUGAUAAUUUAAAUGUUUCAACACAAUUUCAUAAAGGACAUUUCCUGAGAGCAGGAAACUCUUCAGAUUAGGAUGAAAUCGUGAAUAGUCUGUUCUCUUUCAUUUUACAGUCCAUUUUUAAAUCAAGUCAUCGAUAAUGACUAAAAGUAACCCACUUUGUUUUUCAUCUUGAAUGUUUAUGUGACCAUUUUCAAAGUCAUCAUAAACAUCAUUGAAAUGGUGAUGAAUGUUAGCUGCUUUAAAGCCUUUAGUAGGAAGAAAACAUAUUAUAGCACGCAGUUAUAGAAUCCAGUCGACGGGAUACUCAAUAGGUGGCGGCAUUUUUAAAUCACGCAAAUAGAUGUAGACUCGAUCGGAUGAUUCUGUAAUGGCGUCUGUGGAUUCCCAACAAAUGUAGCUACACUGCAUUCAUGUGAUAAACGGCAACCGCAGCACUGCUGUGGUGUAAAUUAAAAACCAUACUUACCUUUAAAACACACCUCGUACAUUAAUGGUAUCACGUAAAUAGUACCCAUUAGCUAUACAUACAUUUGUGCCAGAGCUUCUUGCAAUCCUCAGAACACUUUUCAAUCUCAUUCUUUGGGAUAGCUUUUAGCUCUUUCAGCAAUACACUUUUAAUGUCAUAUAUGCUUGUAAAACGACAGCCCUUUUACAAGGUUCUCUUUGUUUUUGGAAAUAAAAAAAGUCACAUGGAGCCAUGUCUGGUGAAAAAAAUUUUUCUACCAUACGUUUCAUAACCAUACAUAAUAUAAAUUCAUAACCAUUUCUUCCACUUUUUUUCAUGGGUUAUUGAUCUGCUGGGACGUCUGGAGCAUUCGUCUUUGUAGACAGAUCCGCAAGUUUCACAAAAUCCCUCUACAUAGUUUUUUUAUUAGUUUUACUGAACUUAAUUAUCCAUUUAAAAAAACUAAUUAAUUAUAUUUAUUAGGGUAGUUACACAGGAGAAUAGUUUCUCAAAUCACUUUAAAAAUUAUUUAUUAAUUUGCAAUUCAGAAAUUUCAAAUUAAAUUGGACAUAAAAGAACAAUCCUUGUACGUAUUAGAUAUUUAUAUUUAAUUCACAAAACCUUACACAACCACUUUUGCUGUAAAAGUUUCCUCAAUAAAAGGUUUUCUUCUUUUAAAUAAAAUUAAAGUUAACUGCUUGUUUCAAAAAUAAAAUGGAACUAAAAAUUUAACUUAAAAAAAUCAAAUAAAAUACCGUACUAUUACAAAUUUAAUUUAAAAUAAAAUGUACUUUUCUCUAUUAUAAACUUUUUACUGUUGAUACAGACUCAUUGCUUAAACUGUAAUUUAACUAUGUUUCAUCCAAAUAUAUUUACUAAAAACUUUAUAUCUUUUGAUGUAUGAAAAUUAUUCUGACUGUUGUAUACUAUAAAUGGUUAUUACAAGUAACUUUUAAAUUAUAUUACAAAUGAAGACUUUACUUUGAGUAUUAUUUGCAACGACAUGUACUCUCUUGAAAACUUGCAUUAAUUAUUAGUAAAUUCAAAUCUUUCUAUUUCCUUUUUGUAUGAAAUUAAUUCAACAAUCCUUGGAAAAGAAGCUAACGUUAGUUGACAACAAAUCUAUCAUAUGAAAAUCGUAAUUCAACUAUAAAAGAGCUACUUAAACAAAAUCCUGUGCAGACUUUUAGAGUAAUAAGUAAAUAAAAAAACCACCAACAAUUAAACCGCAAAAAGAAACUCAAAAAGACGCCAAGAUGUUUUUAUAACAACCCCUUCCUCACAAAGCAGCUAACACUGAUGCCUUUGAUUGGCCUCUGACUAUCCAAUCACAAAGCCAGAGAGACUCGCUAAUCCUACAUCCGCGGAACCUUUCUUGAGAAAUUACAUGAUUUAUUUUACCUAUAUUUUGACAUCAGUAAUUCUAAAAUAUUUUGGCAUAUAUUUUCUCCCAUCAAGAUUUAGCAAAUAAAUUGUAAAUUGCCUAUGUAGCGAAUGCAAUGCAGAUGGCCUUCAUGGUUAUCUUUGAAACGUUUAUGCAUGCUGAUUCAAUUUGAAUACAGGAACGUGAUUAUUAAAAAUUUAUGGCACCAAACCAAGCUUAGUUUGAAUGAUGAAAAAGUUUUGAUAAGGUGGAAUGCUGUUAAAAACUGUAGAGUCCAGUUGGUUUUAAUAUGUAAAAAUGAGAAGCAGUACCACACAUACAAACGCGCCUGCAGCGAUUUUUGGUGUUCUCUAUUUAUAGGCUUAGAAUGAAAGUGCACACAGUAUUAUGUCUAGCUUUGUUAUGUAUGAAAGUAUAGAAAAUAACGUAAAUUUAGUAGUUAAAAUGUAGCAAAAUGUCUGUGCAUGCAUAGAAACAUCACUACAGUUGACAACACAGUCUGGCUUCUAGCAGUAGUCACAACUUUUCCACUGCCGUAAGACUCAGGAAAGAUAUUUUAUAAUCAGACAUUAUGAUUACCAUGCUGUAGUAAUGUAUACAAAUAACUCAUAAAAAGUGUUAGAUAGAUAACUUUGUUUUAAUUUAAUUCUUAUAAUGUAGUUUGAAUAAUCCAGUACCUCGGAUAUCUGCAUUUCAAAUAAUCAUACUCAUAGUGUCUGGUACAAGAAAUUAUUUAUAUUUUGUUUAAUGGGGGUGGAAUUGAUUCAACAGAGAAAAUAAUUAAGAUGUGAUGUUCUGUAGGAUUCAUUUACUUAUUCUGCUACUGAAUUUUAAAGCGACUAUGCCAUGUGUUAGAGAUGGAGCUGUAAAUAAGGUUAGUUAAAUAACAUAAUUGGUGGACCAAAAUAGUUAUAACCUAGAUUUUAGGAAUAAUAAUUACUUCAAUUAUAGCAUUUAUACAAGAAAAAGUUUAAAAAAGGGAAAAUAAUUCACCAAGAACCUACGGCAAAUACAGAAGUUCCAACACUGUAAUGCAACAAAAUUUUUAAAAUGUUGUACAAUGCACAAGAGUAUAGAUGUGCGGGGUGAAAAAAAUACCUUUACGGCCGAAAAGUGUUGACAAAGAAGAUAAGCAAGAUACAUUGGUCAUUUGGAAGAAUACAAGAAGAGAACUGUAUUUGUGCACUUUAAAAACUAAGAAUAUUUGUUAUAUGAAAAUAACUUUUACUAUUAAUUUUGUACUGGGCAAUUACUUUAAAUUUGUCAUUAUUAGUUUUAAAUUUUGUGUGAAGUAGUCAAUUGAAAUAAAUCUUAUCAGUAAUGUUA